UGGUUGGUUAGCAGAGAGGCAGCAGGAGUUAGCUGCCCGUUAGCUCACCGCCGCUGUGGUAAAGUGGUUAUCUGUCAGCUAGCUGCUAGUAGCAGCUGCCAAAAGUGAGCUGUCCACACGGCAAAAGGCAAAACUUCACCGACUUUGUGACGUUUUCCCCGCCUACCGCUGGAUUAUAUACUCUUUUUGGAAAGCCUACGGAUUUGUUUACACCAUGAUGUCGCACAUGCUGGUACCGAGGUAGGGAAAACUAGCCAACAUCAGCUAAUUUAGCUAUUCGGCGAGAAAUACAUUGAGAAAGGAGAGUGGGCUGUGAGACCGGGCCCGCCUCAGACUAAAGUACCGGUGGCAGCUGCGGAACAAGAACUUUGACAAGGGCCUGUUUGCAACUCCGCUGCCGGGACACGAGAAAGGCCGAGCGGGUGUCAGAGAGGCCGGCGAGGGAGAACAGCCCGUGCGCUGUGACCGGACACGGCGGGACGUGUCAGCAGGGUUUUAUCCCCGGUUGUGACACUUUUCUCCUCCAUGAGAGAGGAAGAGGAACGCUAUGGAAAUGUCCUGUGACGGUACGUGUUUGUGUGAUAUCCCUCAGCUGUGAGUUACUUCCACAUUAGUCCCGCACUUUCUUUCAUCAGAGGGGCAUACAGACUUGACGCAGAUAGUCAACAUGUCGAAAAUGCCGGCGAAGAAGAAAAGUUGUUUCCAGAUCACGAGUGUAACUCAGGCUCAGGUGGCGGCCAGCAGCAUCACAGACGAUACCGAGAGCCUGGAUGAUCCGGACGAGUCCCGGACAGAGGACGUGUCGUCGGAGAUAUUUGACGUUUCUCGGGCCGACCUCGGGGUGUGUGAGAGGAGUUCAUCCGAAGAGACCUUAAACAACGUAGGAGAGUCUCAGGAGGGCCAGCCGCCAGCCACAGCUCCUGUCAACGGAGGGCUGCCUUAUAAAAGUAUUGGCACUGGUCGUGUCACCCCACAUAAUUUGGGAGGAAGUGUGCCUGUGCCAGCUACAACUCAACCUAUUGUUCCGAGCUCAGCCAUUCAUCCGUCGACAGUCAUCAAUACAGUCCCUGCUGCCACUGUCUCCACCAGUGUGGCUCACACAGCUCCUGUGAACACCAGCUGUAGUUCCCGUUUCAGGGUCAUUAAACUUGACCAUGGUACCGGAGAGCCCUUCAGACGGGGCAGGUGGACAUGCACUGAGUUCUAUGAAAGGGAUUCAGAUUCAAAUCGGACUGUGGAUAGCAUAAAGCCAGCUGUAACCCUCGAUCACAGUAUAGACAGGGACAGUGGGCUAGGGGCCACCAGCAACUCUGUGGUCACUAGCAGUGCUUUUUCUGCACAGGCUUUGGAGAACACUGCUGACAGUGGUUACCCCUACCCUUCAGAGCCUCUGCAGCAAGGCUACAGCUUGGCUCCACAGAUAGGAAGCGGAGCAAGUGCCUUCCAGCCUACAGGGUAUACAACUACCACAUCACAACAGGCUCAGGUCAAUAUGCAGCCUGUUGCUCCCCAGACUUUCCUCUCUAACAGCCUCAAUGGUGUGCACCACGGUGCCAUGCACCAGAAGUCUCCCGUUAUGCCUCCUGCCUCGCAGGCCCAGCAGUAUGCCUAUUCUACUCAUCCAACUGGCCACACAGCUAGCCAGCCGGACUAUCGUCAGCAGCACUUUGUCUCAAGCACCCAGAGCCUUCCCAUGUCUGCCCACCCUGUGGGGCCUCCAGCCAGCCAGGUACCACCACCUCUGAUCACCCCUGCUGGUCCAGGAGCCCAGGGGCUGGGCGGGGAGGCAGCCUCAGUCCAGCCCCUCCUGCUGCAAGGGGGCAAUGCAUCAGCCAUGGCACCCAUCCUUCCAGGAAGUAGCCAACAGCAGCAUGUCAGUCAGCCUUCAGGGGGUUUAGGCAUUACCCCUGCACCUUCCAUCACCACCACCACCUCCCACAGCGGUGUCCAGAACACGCCUGCCACGUUGCCCAGUACCACCAACACUCCUCUGGGAGUGCCAAGUCAGGCGCCUGGCACAGGUGGACUUGUCAAGCCACAAGGAGCCCAUGGAGGAGCAACAACAGGCCUUCCCUCGUUCUUCAGUCACCAAGCAGAAGAUAGUAGGCAGAAGUCAGAUGCCCUACCUCAGCCCAGUGGUGUUUUGGUGCCAGGGAAAGAUGGUGUAAAGCCUUUCAUCGGCGAGGGCCUCAACCUGCCCACUCCUGCUGUCAACAGCCUGUUUGGCAUCCAUAUUACCAUGGAUGUGGACGAGGACAGUGCAUCCGGUGCCAGCGUCGUCGCCAUUGAUAACAAAAUCGAGCAAGCAAUGGACUUGGUGAAGAGCCACCUGAUGUAUGCUGUGCGCGAGGAGGUGGAGGUGUUGAAGGAGCAGAUCAAGGAGCUUUACGAGAGGAACUCAGUGCUGGAGCGCGAGAACGCCGUGCUGAAGUCGCUGGCCAACACGGAUCAGCUCAGCCAACUGUCCAGUCAGCUCAACCAGGGCAGCAGCAGCACAUCGCCGCCGCUGCAACAGCAACACCCACUCGUUACAAACAACAACAACAACAACAACCCCUCGGCUCACCACGAGGGGAGUCAGAGCGUCCCUCAUCAGCCCAACAUCACCUCAGCGUGAUCUCUGUCCCCCCAGUACACUCAUUAAAGACACACCUCCCACGGACAGGAGUGGAAGAUCCUGUUAGUAAAGACAACAACUGCUACCGUCCCCUCAGCUUCAUAAAGCAAAAGGCUCGGCUCUGCGUUCAAUAUGCUCCAUUUGAGGCAAAAUCAACAGCAGCAACAUCUUUGUUUGCAAGAGCCAUGCUUCAGUGUACGCACGUUGCCGUCACCGGGCUUCACAUUAUUAAGACAUCUACCACCCCUCGAAAAGUCUUAUCCUGUGCCUGUGGUGGGCUGCAAGAAAGAAGGAGAGGCAGGGGAGCCGGUGCACACCAUUAAACAUAAAACUGCAUGCUGUUCUUGUGCAGGAGGACAGUGUCAAAGGGCACAGAGAGCUCGAUUCGUAGGGGCAACAAGUGGUGGAAGAGGAUGGCGCAACCAUGUGAGGUGACAAGGGUCCUCUAACAACCAGCAGGGACUGUCCUCCCAGCAUCCCCAACCCCACAUCACUCCAGGGCUGUUAGAAACCACAGAGCUGAGGGAGAAGUGGGGGAGAAUAAUCGUCCUCCCUGAGCGCAGGAGGACGUUGGGUCGCGAGUCGAGAGCCUCGGCUUGGUAUAUGCUGCAACAAAAGCUUGUGUUGUUUUCUCAGAGCCACCGUACUUUGACAUAAAUCAUAAUACUUUUUUUUCCAUUAGUUCAGUUUUAGUAUUUGCAUUUAUUUAUUUCAGGGCUGCUAUUUUCAUAAUGUAAAUGAAAAAUGUCAUGGAGAUACUUAUUAACAAAACAAGAAAACCUUUCUCUUUGGUCUUUUGGUAUUUUAGAAUCUGUCAGGUAUUACAAUUUGGUAGUCUCUUGCAACAAGUAGAUCUCAAUGAGUAGGCAAUAAGUUCCAUAAUAGAGAAUUUUCUUUCCAUGAAAUAGUGAUAACACUAAAGCCGAGCUUACAUUAGGUAAAAUCCAGGUUGAAUGUAUAUUUUGUAAAGUGUAAAGUAUUAAGAGCAAGGAGGGUUUGUACAGGAGAACACCUGUUGAUUUGAUGGGAUGUUUUGAUAAAGAAAACUAUAAAUUUACUUUUUCAAGACUUUUCUUUGUCAAAACAGGCAAAAAAUGAAAUGAAUUUGGGGGUUUGGUUGGGGGG